AGAAGGCAAGACGUUUGGGGCCGGCGGAAGGCAGACUGAUAUUGGUGGGGCAGAGCCCUAUUCUCCCUCACGGACCAGCCUCCACUGGCUGAGGCACCCGUCUCGCUUUGCCUCGAUCUGAAGGGCCCUGAAGCAAAAGUGAAUGCCAGCAAUGAAAACAUCGCUUCAUAGAUCCACAGUCCAAACGUUUAAUUGUGAGAGUUUUUAAACAAAGGUAUAAAAAGAAGGGCGACCGAAGCAAUUAACAGCGCAAUCCCUACAUGUCUCCUACUCAAAAGGAAGUCCCACUGAAUCCCACGAGGCUCACUCCUAGCCCAAAUACCUACAGAGUAUUUAACCUUGAGUUCCCAGAAAGGAAUAACAUACUAGCAAAGAUCCAAGAGGAAUACACGCCAAAGGAACAGCAGCACCGGUAUAUCCUGGAGUGCCGUAAUAAUCCUCAGCCGAUACAUGCAAAAUGCAUUAAGUUUAACACCAAGUUUUUAAAUGAGCCAAUAUUGUAUAUGGACACAGAGGAUACAAAAACAAAGCAGGAUCAUUGGUGGCCAAGCAGCGAACCCUUUGUGCCAUGUCCUAAACCACCGUACGACAAGCAGAGCACUCAAAGAAAUGAUUUCCAGAAGCCAAGCUGUAGAUUGUGUCGGCCUAUUAAGCACAGCAGCAAGUUACAACCUUCACGUGGAAUAGUUCCACUUGCAUCUCCUCGACCGCCAGCCAGCCUUCCGAGAAUUUUUCAAGAGCAGCUCUCUUUCAAACAUGACUACAAUGCCAGAGCAACUCCCUGCAUCCCCUAUCAAGGGAAGAAACGCGGCACUUUUGUGUGGACCGAGAUAAAUCCGACAAAGGGGACGGCAGUUCCUGAGGGAACUGAAGCAAUCCCGUGUGUUCGGGGGUCGGGCUCACUGGAACAGCCAAAAACAGAGAAAGGAAACUCAGCAGAAAGCUCCAUGACCUCAGCCUGCCUUUGCUUGUCGGAUUCCCCGGAGACACCACCAGACUCCAGUGUACACUUAUCAAAAACAGACAGCAGCGCAGGAGCCAAAGCAGACCCCGGAGCCCCGGGGAAGGGACAUGGAGAGAGUUCAGAGAUUUCUCAGUCAAAGGAAGUGACUGUUAGCCAUCCUGCUGGGGAGAGGCCUUCCAGCCCACCAAAGAAGGGCUCCCCCGAUAAACCACAGGAGGACUGUUUACCCCCUGUUCAUCGCCAUGCAAUCUCAGGCAGAACUUCAGACGGCCUAAGAAGGACUGCCCAAGUGCGGGGGAGUUGCCCUGGUGUAAUUUCAGGAACGCCAAACACAAACUGACACCAGCAAACUGUUUGAGGCAACACACUCUCGCCUUUGCAUAACAACAGCUGCAGCAUGCUUUGAUGCCUCUAGAAAAUGAGAGGCCUAUAAAAAUUUUUUAUGAAUCUUUUAUUUUUUUGCUCACUGGUGCAAUUAGAUUGUGCUCUCUCCCAACUCAUGUGCUUAUGGAAAAUUUAUCUGGAUUGCUCAUGUGCUGGGGAGAGAUAUUUAAUACCAAGUCUGAUUAAGAAUGUCAGCAAUGAAUAAUUAGCAAUUACUAAUGUCAGGAAUGAACGUGAUUCUGAUAUUUUUCCUACGUUUCAACUAUUUGCAAGAGUUUGGUGGGGGGGUUGUUUUUUCAGUGACUGUGCUUUUGGGUUCCUGUUUGAUAUCUUUAAAAGUGUGCCCUCUGAGAAGAAUGGCCUGCAGAUCAUUACAAACUGGUGCAAGAAGUAAAUUUUUUGGAUGUGCUAUGGUGUCAUCCUGUGAUGAGUAGAAGCUAUUGUUAUUUCUGUAGGAAACGGUGACAGUUAGAAGGGACAGUUUGCUACGGUCCAUAAGAAUGUAAGCUAUGUUCCAAUGCUCAUCGCAGUUAGGAAGGGCACCUUUAUAGCAACCUUCACUUUUUGCUAUAAUAUUUUCCUAGAAUGGAUUCGGUCUCAGGUCAGGGCUGCAGAUUAGAUUUAAAAUCUGUACAUAGAUACCACCUCACCAUAGCUCUAAUGUUGUACCUGGUAUUUUCCCCCUUUUAGCAAUGUUUUAUAAUCCCAUUAGACAAGCCCCAUAAGAAGAACCCUACUGGAUCCAGCCCAUAUGGCCCAGUAUUCUGCUUCUAGCAGUGGCCAGCCAAAUUCUUGGAGAAACUUGCAGGGAGGCCUUAAAAGCAACAGUCUUCUGCUGUCUCUGCGCCCACCAUCUGAUAUUGAGAGAUACAGGUUUCUGCACAUGAGGUUAUCAUGAGUGAUGCCUACCUUCUGUGGAUUUUCCUCUUUCUAAAAUGCUGAUCAAGGCUACAUAUGCUAGAUGUAUAUGCAGUGAAUGUGCAUAGAGAAAGAAUGGGGAAUGGGAUGGUGCCCACUCUUCUCUGCCAACCCUUUCGCCCCCUCCUAUUUGUAACUUGUGUAAGAACUGAGAUCAAGGUUGGAGAACCUCAGGCUCAGGGGCCAAAUGCAGCCCUCCAAGGCUCUCUAUCUGGCCCUCGGACCUCCCCCCAGGCCAC